ACCACAAAAUAUGUCUACUACUAAGUCAAUUACAAACCAGCAAAAAACAAAUGGUUCUUCAGGUAGUCAAACAAAUAAUGUUACUCUUCCAUUUUUGUAUGCUCUGAAUUUAGAAAUGAAACAAAUGCUAGCAGAAAAUAAAACUCAAAUUAAUAAACUUAUAGAAAAAAAAGAAACACUCAAUAAAAAAAAUUAUGUCUCUUGAGUUAAAAGUAAAUAAGCUAGAGCAAAAUAAAAUGAAAAAAUGUGUUGAUGUUGUUGGAUUGCCAAAUGUUAACUCAAAUAUUGUGAAAGAGAAAGUAUUAUCUCUCUUUUCUCAGAUGUGCAAUGAAAAUUUGAGUGAAAGUGACAUUACCAAUUGUUACAUCAAACAUAAUAAUGUAAAUAAAAAUAAGUCUAAUAAAAAUAUUAUUUUUGUUAAAUUUUCUUCAAUGAACUGCAAGCAAAAAAUAAUGAAUUGUAAAAAAUUUUUAAAAACUAAAAACUUCGGUGUUUCUGGAGAAGCUAAUAGUGACUUUGUGAAUAAAAAAGUAUAUGUUAACAAUAGUCUAACUUUGUUUUACAAAUCUUUAUUGAAAAAAGCCCAAGAAAUAAAAAAGGAAAGGAGUUACAAAUUUUUGUGGAUUCGGAAUUCCACGAUUUAUAUGAGAAAAAUUGAAGGAAGUGAUAGACUGGAAAUUACGUGCUUUGAGGAUUUAAAUAGAAUUUCCAACAUUAUUAGUUAUAAUAAAGUCAAAGUUUUUGGUUUUGCAUCAAAACAUAAGAAGUUUAAGGAUUUAUUAUUUAUAAGUGAAAUUUGGAUAUUCGAUUGGGAAGUGGAUGAUUUUAGUAUUCCUAGUUACUCGUUUAAUGCUGCAUGUAAUUCAUUAUAUUCUGCUGCUGGUGUAUGUGUGUAUUAUAAGAAUAAAUAUAAUUGUAGUACGUUUAACUAUAAUUUGACAAGUGCUGAUGUUUUAAAAGUUUUUUGUACUAUUGAUAAUAUUGAAUAUUGCUUCGUCGGAGUUUGUAGAUUAUAUAGAUCUUCAAUUACAGAAUUUAAUACAGAAUUUUUUAGUUUCUUAUCAGAUAUCACUUGCAAAAAUUUGUUUCUACUGGGGGAUUUCAAUAUUAACAUCUUGUACCAGGGCAGAGAAAUUGAUGAUUAUCUUCUUUUAUUGUCUUCGUUAGGGCUUGAAUCUAUAAUUUCAGAAAUUACCCGGCCAGUUUCUGGUUCUUGCAUUGACCAUAUCUUUAUGAGACUGUGUAAUAAUAAUAAAUUUUUGAUUUUUGGUGAAGUUUUGGACCUAUAACUGACCAUUCCAUGUUAAGUUUAAAAAUUGAAUAUUCGUCUGUGAUUCGACCUAAUAAUUAUAUUUAUGAGAAUUCGUUUCAAAAAAUUGAUUUUAAUAAAUUGAGGACAGCUUUAUUGUUUGAAUCCUGGUCUGAUGUUUAUAUUGUGGAUGAUACUUCGGUUGCUUAUUCGAUCUUUUAUGAUAUUCUUAUGAAACACAUUGCAAGUACUAGUGUUAUGAUACGUAAUAGGGACAAAAAAUUGAAGCCGUGGAUGACAAAUGGUCUUAUUAAUUUUAUUAAGAAAGGAAAUAAAUUACGUCCGAAAGUUAAAAAGAAUCCAAAUAAUGUUCGUUUAGUUUCUUAUUAUAAAAAAUUAUGCAAAAACGUUAAGGUUAAAAUUAAGAACAAAAGAUAAUUACUACUUUAGUAAAUUGAAUGCAAAUAGGGGUAAUUCUAAAGUUGAAUGACAAAUUAUGAAUUCUAUUUUAAAUAAAGAUAUGGUUUUAGAUCCUGAUAUUGUGCUUGAAGAGGAGUCUGUUAAGUAAUCCUUCUGAAGUUUCCAACUGUUUUAGUAAACAUUUUAAUAGUGUUGGUGAAAAUUUGUUGUGAUAGUAGUAAAAUUCUUGAUCGUAAUUGGGUUUCGUCAGCUAUUAUUCCUGAAACAUAUGGCCGUGGAAGUUUCUUUUUUGAACCUUUUACGGCAUCAGAAAUUCAUAAAUUAAUAGUGGGUUUCAAAAGCUCGAACUCCAAGUCAUCAGAUUUACUGUCUUCAUAUCUUUUGUAAUUUCAAUAAACUUUAACUCAAGGAAUUAUCCACAUACUAACUAUAAGAACUAUAAUAAUAAUUCAAAUUCAAAUUUAACCCUAAAAAUAACAACCAUUUUAAUUACAAUACCUGUUCAAAGUAGAUUUAACCGUAAUCAAAGUGGAUAUUCUAGAUAUUUUAAUAACUAACAAAUUAAUAGUAAUAACAACAAGCAGCCCCAGAACUGAUAGAUGUUGACGUAAUUUUCGUAACAUUAAAUAAUUCUCAAAAUAUAUUAUUUGAAGAAAAUUUUCCUUUAGAGCCUCGGAAAAUUCUUUACCAAUAGUUGAAUUUACCAUUAAUAAUAAAAUAAAUAAUUGUCUAAUAGACACUGGUUGUUCUACCUCUUUCAUAAAUAACAUAUUAUUUCCCAAAAUAAAAAAAACAAUAUUGAACUUAAAACAAUCGAUUGAAAUUAAUACUCUGUUUGGCAAUAAUAAAAUCUAUUAUACCUUAAUAACUGACGUUCUUCUUGAAUUUAAUCAUGAAAAUAUGAAGAAUACUAUCUUUAAAAAAUAAAAAUUUUGAUUCAAUAUUAGGACAAAAUAUAUUAGGAAAAUAUUCGUAGUCUAAACUUCAUACAUACUCAAAAGAAAAUUAGUUGAAUUAUUUGCCAAUUAAUUGCCAAUUAUAUUAUCCAACUAGAAUUAAAAGAAAAUAUACAUAUAUAUUUUUUAAGUAACACAAAAAACAACAACAAUUUUUAAAAUAAUACUGCAAAUCUUGGUACUUGUUUUGCUUCUAAACAAUACUGUAGCAAAAAUUUCAAUGGGGAAACAGAAUCUGGUUACACUUUAAUUCAACAAGAGCGAAUCCUAUUAUAGAUAGUUAAAUUAAAAUCUUUCACAGUGUAAAUUUCGGCGACAUUAACGAUAUAAUAAAUCUAAUAGACUCUAGCAUUAACGUUUCGUUUUAUUUAUCAGAAAUCGAUUCUUCUUUUAAAAUUUUGAACGACAAAAUUAGUAAAAUAAAACAUACUUUUAAAACGUUGAUUCCUUUUAGAUGUAAGAGGUCACAAAUUAAUGUUGGUGGCUCAUUUCUAAAAUGGAGUUUUGACACAAGGAUGAAGACGACAGACUUGAAUCGAAAGAAAAUGUAAAGACUCUAGAUUUUAAUAUUCAUAACCUAACAAAUAAGCAAAAUAAUCAAAUGAAGAUUAAUAACAAUAUUCAAAAUAAUUUAAAAUAUUGCAGGAAACUAUUAAUAAAAACCAUUUGAAUAUAAAUAAAAUUUUAAAAGACAUCACGGUCGAAAACCGAUAUAUAACUAAGCAAUUACAGCAAUUACAAUUGCUUACAAAUAUUGACUAAUAUUGACUACUUGGCAGCAACAAAUAGUAAUAGUUUAAUUUUUGUUUUACGAUUACCAAUUAUAAAUGAGGAAAAAGGUAUCAAGUAUAAAAUUGUGGCGGUACCACAUUCUAAAUUUCAAGAAAUCGAAAUUAUAAAUUCAGAUAUCAAAUUAUUCCAAAAUAAUAUUAUCCCCAUAUAACCCAGGAAAAAUAUAAUAAAUUAAAGUAUCAUCAAAUUUUAUAACAAAUUUUUUUAUAAAGUCUUAUGCAAAUUGUUUAAGAACAAUUGAAAAAACUUAGACAUUGUAAAACUAGAUCAAGGAUCAAUUUUAGCAAAAAAUGCUGUAAAUCAUAAAUUGUUAAAAGAUUGUAAUAAUAUAACAUAUUCAUUUAACAAAAACUGUAUAACUUCGUUCAAUAAUUAUACCAUUGAAAUUGAUAAUGUAAAAUUUUCAAAUAAAAAUAGAGAAUUCAAAUAUGUACAAUAUUGUAAUUCCAAAUUAUUGUGAUAUAAAUAAAAUUGGGUCAAACCAAUGGUUUGUAUUGUAGCACUUUUCCCUUCAACAAGUGAAAAUACUGCUUUUAAAUACAGUCUAUGUAUACCUACCUUCCUACCUUACUAUUCCUACCUUACUAUUCAAAUUAUUUUCAUUCAUAUGAAACUAUUUCUAAAAUUACAUAUAUUUAGUUAUAUUAGUUUAGCAAAAAUUAAUUUAAAGAGGGGUUAAUAUAAUGCUCGAUUUUAAGGGUUAAUUUUGUGAUUUAAGAAAAAUAAUAAUAUUUUUUAAUGUCACGGAAUUUACCUUUAGGGGGUUUUCGUUUAUCAUCAGACCUAUCAAUAGUAGGGGACUUUAGCCAAACCUAAAACACACCUUGAUAGUCAAAAAAUCUUAAAACUAGUCAAACUGACUAUAGUUAGUCAAUACUAACUAACUAGUGAACUAACUAGGUCUAUUUUGCCUCGGGAUUAACUAGUCUUUGUAUCCAAACCCCCUCCCCAGUAAGUCGGGAGGCCUCGAAAUUUACAUGUUGUUCCUAACGCAAACUAUGUUUCAUGACGUGGCUCUUUAUCUCUUUACUUACUAGGGGGACAUCCAGAUCUCUAUGAAUAUCGCUAUUGCACACACCCCAAGAAGCAUCCACCAUAUUACGAAGGACCUUGUUCUGGAAAGUUUGUACUUGUUUGACAUAUUUGUUUGGCACAACCCCAUAACUAUAAGCCAUACAUCCAUAUACACUUCGUCAUUUGGUAGUAUAUCAACACCUUAUGGUAUGUUGACAAUCCAGACACACGACGUAGGAGCCAAUAGUUUCCUCUACAUUUAUUUUCUAAUUCUAUUGUCUUCUUCUUUAUAUGUUCUUUCCAUCUGAGUUUGAUACCCAACGUCAUACCUAGGUAUUUUUCUGUAUUUUGGAUUCAUACUGUAAAACCAUUCAAACUCAAUUAUGGUGCGUUCAAUAAAUUUUUGUUUGUUCACAUGUACAGA